AUGAAGCUCUCUCCCGACUUUGAACCAAUGCCGUUCAACACGCGUACUCCCCGCAACGAUCAAGCCGUCGUAGUAGGCAUUUAUGGCGUCCCCGGUUGCGGCAAGACGUAUCUGCUGCGUCAGCUCAAGCAACUAUUGCAGCAGGAGUCGUUCACGUUUCAUGACGGGUCUGAGGUAAUCGCAAAUAUCGUGCCUGGAGGUCUUGAUGCGUUCCAGAAGCAGAACGAGCAAGAACAGAUGCAUUGGCGUGGGGUAGCUAUCGACAGGAUCAAACAGGAGUGCGUGGAGAGCGGUCGGACUGCGGUCGUGGCUGGGCAUCUCAUGCUUUGGCCCGAGGAGGAGGAAAAGAGUCAGCUGGUUCAACUUUGCCGCGAGCACGGAAUUCUGCUCUCGAUCAUGCCGCCACUCCCAGCGCUCCCGGACUUCGUCUCUGCACUCUUACGGGACUUCCGGCACCAUACCGAAGGGGACAAUCUACGCAAAGCUGAGCUGGCACUGGAUGGAGCCAUUGCCGCUGGUUCAGGGUCACUGAAUACUUUGCUAGUCCUUGACGCGGACAGAACCUUGACUGCAGAGGACACUGGUGCCUUGUUCUGGGAGAAGUUGAGACUCUCGCGCCAUACCGCCAAAGAACAGUGUCCUCUCAAGGCCCUGUUCAGCAGUAAACUUGCCUAUACGCACACAGCGUUUCGCCAGGCUGUGCUGCUCUACGAAGAAGCGACCAACGACCAAGAAUACAACGCGAUCUGUCAGGACGUCGCGUCCACGGUGAUCAUACAUCCGGAAUUCGUCUCCUUGUUGCAAAUGCAGGCUGGUCAUAAUCAUGUUGGCGCCGUGGUGAUUAGCUGCGGGCUGCGUCGAGUCUGGGAAAUCGUGCUGGAGAGGGCAGGUCUGUCCCAGACUGUGGGAGUCAUCGCUGGAGGCCGUAUCUCAGAUGGGUAUGUUGUCACAGAGACCGUCAAGGCAGCCCUGGUGGCCCGUUCGCAACAAAUUCACAAGCUGUAUGUUUGGGCCUUUGGAGACAGUCCGCUGGACAUGGCCAUGUUGCGCACUGCAGACCGAGCCGUCGUAGUGUCCGGCGACGAGGGAAGCCGGAGCAAGAGCAUGGACGCUGCCCUGCAGGAUGCCAUUGAGAACCACAAGCUUUCAGCACAUCAAGCUCUUCUUCCAAGCUAUGCAUCGCCACGCUUGAGCACCGACAAGCUGCCCUUGAUCGAGCUCACAGAUGGAGACUUCAUUGCCGCCGUGUUCGGCACUUCGCACUCGCGCGCCCCUCCACAGAUUCUUCACAUGACCGAUAGACAUGCAGCCAAAAUGCUCAUGACGCCGAUGCGGGACGCGACAGUCUCUGGGCCGAGCCUUAGGGUAGCCCACGUCCAAGCCGGACGAUUCCUAGCACACCAUCUCGUAGCGGAAAUGAUUGGCAUCGAAGAAUAUCCCAUUCCUCAUGUUCAAGGCCAUAACACGAGUGGUUUUCGACUCCUACAUGAGCGCCAGACCUUGAUCGUGGCACUGAUGCGUGGCGGGGAGCCUAUGGCUUUCGGAGUGAAUGAUGCCUUCCCACUUGCUAUGUUCUUACACGCCUCUUGUCCCGAGGACAUCACGCGAGACUCGGUGAGAGGCCGACUCACUGUGAUAUUAGUGGAUUCUGUAGUCAACAGUGGCAAGACUGUGUUGCAGUUCGUACAGUACAUCCGCAGCCUACAUGCUACGAUCCGAAUUGUGAUAGUGGCUGGUGUCGUCCAAGCGCAGUGCAUGUCGCAAGGUUUGGAGCCGCUUUGCGGGGACGUACAGCUCAACCUGGUUGCGCUUCGCCUGUCGGACAACAAAUUCACCGGCAGCGGAACUACUGAUACUGGCAAUCGCCUCUACAACACCACACACCUUGCUUGACUGAAGGCGCGUAGUCGCAAGAAGAUUAGAUGGUGAAUAGCAAAUG